AAAGAUCAGAGUGAAUCCCCAAAAGGGUGACUUGGAGAGUGAGGGGUCUCAAGACAAGGUCAUACAACAAUUGGUUGAAGGUUCUAGUACUAUUUAGCCUAGAAAAGAUUUAAGUGGGAUAGGAUAAUCUUUAAGUAUUGACAGGACUGGUACCCAAACCAUCCAAGUCUCAGAGAUCUGUCCCUUCAGCAUCAGGGCUCAGAGGGACAUGAAGCAGACCAGGACACUCAGGACGGUGAUAACUAUGGGGCCAUAGUGACUCUCUGAUUCUUUGUAAGGCUACUUUUCUGAACUCCCUUGACCUUUUAGUUUUGGAUCAGACCCUUGGAGGGUGAGCAGGGCUGAUAGGAUGGAGAGCAGGUCCAGAGAGAUGUGUCCUAGGAAAUGAUGGCUUGGAAACAGAGGGGAGAGAAGAAAGGAACUAACAUUGAGGAAGACAUCUUCCAUCCUCGAGAUAGGAACUUGCAUCUCUCCCUCUGGACCACAUGUGACUGAGACCUCCCCUGAACUUACAGGGCACCUUUCUGGGCAUGGAGAAAUCACAGAGGCUGCAGCUGCUGGUGCUGAUGCUGCUCGGAGUGGGCACAAUCUCCAGCAGCAGUUCUGGGCUAAGGGAAAGGGCUCAUGCCCUCAUGAGAGCCCACCCACUCAUUGAUGGCCAUAAUGAUUUAGCAGCCAUGCUGAGAUUGUUUCAACAGAACAAACUCCAAGGCCUCAACUUGAGAACCUUCAACAAAAGCCAAACCAACAUCCAGAAGCUUCAAGCAGGGAUGGUAGGAGCCCAGUUUUGGUCAGCCUACGUCCCCUGCCGAACUCAGGACAAAGAUGCCUUGCGUUUAACCCUGGAACAGAUUGAUGUCAUCAAACGCAUGUGCCAUGCGUAUGAGGAACUAGAGUUCGUGAGCUCGGCUCAAGAGCUCAAGGAGAGCCGGAAGCUGGCCUGCCUGAUUGGGGUGGAAGGUGGCCACUCCAUGGAUGGAAGCCUGGCCAUCUUGCGAGUAUUCUAUGAUCUUGGAGUCCGCUAUAUGACUCUCACGCAUUUCUGUAACACACCUUGGGCAGAGAGCUCAACCAAAGGCCUGUAUCACUCUUAUCCACAAAUUAAGGGACUGAGUAGCUUUGGUGAGAAAGUGAUAAAGGAAAUGAACCGUCUGGGCAUGAUGGUGGACCUUUCCCAUACCGCAGAUGCCACGGCCAGCCAGGCAAUGAUGGUGUCACAGGCUCCUGUGAUCUUCUCUCACUCUUCUGCCUUCUCGGUAUGCCAGAACUCUAGGAAUGUGCCAGACAACCUCUUGAAGCAGUUGAAAAGGAAUGGUGGCAUCGUGAUGGUGACCUUCUCUGUAGGUGUGAUUCAGUGUGACCUGCUGGCCAACAUCUCCACUGUUGCAGAUCAUUUUGACCAUAUAAAGAAGGUUAUAGGAGCUGAGUCCAUGGGGAUUGGAGGAGACUAUGAUGGCGUUGACAAGUUCCCACAAGGCCUGGAAGAUGUCACCAAAUAUCCUGUUUUGAUUGAGGAGCUGCUGAGGAGGGGCUGGACUGAGAAGGAGCUGCAGGGUUUGCUUCGGGACAACCUCUUGAGAGUCUUUCAGAAAGUAGAACAGGUUCGGCAAGAGAGCAUGAUCCAGACUCCCAGAGAAGACCUACUUCCUGAGAUGACUAUAGACAAUCCAUGCCGUUCAACUUCCCUGCAAUUUCCAUUACAGAAGCCAGUUUGGAGUGGGCAACCCUUCCUGCAUCCAGCUCUGGAUCUCACCACCCUUGCCCUUAUCCUCAUGUUUUCAGUGGGGCAGCUCUUCCCCUGAGAUGGAAGAAUGGGUCACAAAAGGGAUAGGUCAAUGCCUACUUCAGGAUAAAUUUGGAGCCCUUAAUUUUGAUCCUUAGGAAAUGGACUCCAGCCUGGUUCAGGGGACAGUCAUAUUCUCCCCUCUCUUUCUAAUCUCACUCUACUCCCUGACUAGGCUAUUGACCCCAUUUAGGCAGCAGAGAGUCCUGUCAAGGUAUUGGCAGUUGCCUUCCAUUCCAAUGGUCAGUUCAAUUUCCAAUGGUUCCUCCAGAUUCACUCCCUGGGAAUCAGCAAAAAGAGACCAUAAGGUGAAGGUGAAGAAUAUGGUAGUGAUGGCAGCUAAUAGAACAGGUAACAAAUCUCAUUGUUCCAGGCUCAGGUCCAAACCUCUCUUUUGGUCUUACCUUAUCCUUAGUAGGACCUGUGAUGAGUAAACCAUCCUUUGCUUGAGGGGUCAGGGUCUUCUUUCCCCUCCAUUCUAAGACCCAACCCAACAGAAUCUCUGAUGAGGGGAAACCAGACUGUGUCUACCCUCUCUCCUAUCCCCCAUCCCCCAUCUACGAGAAGAAGUCUCUAGGUCAGUAAUUCAGACAAAAGAGUCAGCAUGUGAUGGGGCCAUGCAGGAUUGCAGAGACACACAAGUCCUUAUUAUCUUUGCCCCAGAAAUUGACCUCUGAAUUGACUCGGACACCUCUGGAACUCUGGAGUUUUCAUCCUCAACUUACAGUUAUAUGGAAUCUUAUCCCAUUAACAUUCACUUUCUCUCUUUUAGCCCCAAAUUUAGCAUCAUAUUAAUAGUCUAUGUCUUUUAGUUUGCUCUUCCCUCCCUCUUCUUUCCCUUCCAAAGAUUCCAACACUUCUAGACCCUUGUUCUGAAUUUCUAAAUUUCUAAUUAUUCCCCUGGAAAGGCUGUUAGGGCACUGACUUUUAUUCAACUCUUACCCACUAGGUCAAAUGAGUAAGAAUAAACUUAAUGGAAAUAAUUUGAAAA